AUGCCUCCCAGACUCAGCCUCAAAGGCUUUCUGCGUAGAGAUCUGCUUUCAAGACGCACGAGAGCACUCAUUCCCUACUACAAUGAUCACAACGCUAGUCGCACGCCCAACCUCAAACGCGAAUCGGUGCCGGAUCUCACUUCUCCCCCUCGAACUGGCACCCCACCAAACGAAGCUGACUCGAAGCCAGCUCGAGAGGUCGACAGCAUUUUUGGCGAGCCUAUCUACACCAAGGAGGAGGUUUUCAAAGAAAAGUUUGAGCAACUCCUUGCUUCCGAUCCUCAGCAAGAGCAAGUUGUCAGACCGCGCCGUCAUAAUCCCGAACUUGUCAAGUUGAUGGAUGAACUCAACGCUCUUGUCAAGCGAGAACUGGAGGCGAGCCCCGAGGAGAGGAAAUUGAUUCGAAACCAAAAGUUGGCUUUGACUAAGGAAAUUGGAAAGCUGGAGGCAAAGAUUGAGGAGAAGAGAGUCAAGAGGUGCAAAGGUACUCCAGUACCAUUAGAUGAAGAAGCAACAUUGCCAGAGCCAAUCAGUCCUGACGAGAAAAAGCAUAUUCAAGUGAUGCAAGAAAGAGCAUCCAAGGCGGUUUUGGGCUUAGAGAAGAAGCGAAAGCGGGAGGACGCGGAUGACCCUUACGAACUGGACGGAGAGGAUCGACUUCGCGCGGGAAUCAGCCUCAAUUCGCACAGGGAGAUACCACUCACAGGCCGUUGGUAUUCGAGGGUUCACGACUACUUCCCAGAGCCAGAGAAUGGAGUGGAUGGGGCAGGUGUUCUUGAGGACUUGACAGUUGAGGAGAGGCUCACGAUGCGGAGGGAGCUGGCUGAGUAUGGAGAGAAGUUGGCGAAGACGGCGAGGAUGUUCAAGGAAGAUGAGAGGAAGGCUGGGAAGGGUUGGUACGGAAAGUGAGGCUGAGAAGGCUGGGAUAGGAAUAGGGGCUAUGGUCACGUGUUUGGCAGCAGUGCAUCAUUAACUGGGUUGCUUUGACAUAUUCCGCAGAUGCAUGGAUUUAGCAAAUAGAAGCGAUGAGUAUCUUCUCCCAUCAUCUUAGAAUCGAAUGGUUGCGCUAGG